AUGGCGCAUCCCCCUCCCGCAACGUGCUGCACUACGACGGUGUUGUCCGCGGAGAAGGGCAGAAAGCAAGAAGUGGGAGGGUCGGGGUUCUGCGAAAUGUUGUGGGCUUGCCCUGAUUGCACCGUCACUGCCGGGUGGAAUCGUCAUUCAGCAGGGCCCCCCGAGGCGCUAAUUUACGGGGAAGCGUUGGGGCCCGCAUUCCCACGCAACAAGGGGCCAGACAUUAAGUGCCUGCCUUAUCCGAUAUCGCGGAAUGGUCAGCAUCAUCGCACGUCUGGCACUGUGGUUUCCCUGUCGGUCUUUGGUCAGAGUGCCGAGACGAGGGCUCCAUUUUCUGCCCGAAGCGUCCAAGACGCCGUCUGGGGCACCCAAGACGAAAAGAGAGACGCUGUUACCCUGGAACUGGCACGACUGGCUAGCGCCCCCAAGGAUUUUUUUUUCUUCUCUCUCUUCGGUUCCUUCUUGCGCUUCUAG